AUGCUUUCUGUGAGUCGCCUUGUGCGCGGUGUUGCUGAGACAAUUAAGCGUGAGAACUUCACCAUAUCCCGUCUUACGAACGGACUCCGAGUCAUCACAUGCGAUGACGGCAACGGCAUCACCGGCAUGGGGCUUUUCUCCUUGAACGGCCCCAAGUUUGAGGAGAAGGGGAGUUUUGGUGCGGCGGCGGUGAUGGAGUCACUGCCACUGCGCAGCAACACGCGCAUGACGACCGAGGCGAUUAGCCAGUCCCUCGGCGUCUUUGGCAACGCGUACAAGGUGACUAACAAUCGAGAGGCCAUGUCUGUCAUGCUCAUGAUGCCGCGCUAUCAUCAGCGAGAGGGACUCGAUGUGCUUAACGGCAUGUGGCUGCACCCAACCGAGAGCGCCGACGAGUUCGACGUGGCAAAGGCGCAGACUCUGCACCGCAGCUCUCUCACGAGCCGUGACGCGACGAGCAUGCUGUUUGAGCUUGUUCACAAGGCCGGCUGGAGUGGUCGCGGACUCGGCAACCCGCUCUCCCCGACAGAGGAGCAGCUGGAGGAGCUGACACUGGAGAAGUUUCACGCCUUUCACCGCCGCUACACCAGGCCGGAGCGGACAGUGCUGGCAGCAACGGGUGUAACAGAUCACGUGGCAUUUGUGCAGGAGGCUGAGACGCGGUUGGAGUUCCCUGAACCCGCGGCGCCGUCGUCCCUCCUGUCUAGCGCAGAGACGGCGAACAAGGCAGCUGCCAUCACAGCUCAGGCUCACCCAUACACGGGCGGUUGCGAGUACGUGCAGAACACAACGGCGCCAGAGUCCAUGAACAAGUUUCAAGAGAAGAAUCUUAGCCACAUGGCCCUCUUCUUCCAGGCCAUCCCAAUGGCCCACCCUGACUAUUUCACCUUCUCAGUCAUUCAGACAUUGCUGGGUGGCGGCACCUCGUUCAGCUCCGGUGGCCCUGGCAAGGGCAUGCAAACAAAACUGUUUCGCGAGGUGUUGAACCGUGAGCCGAACCUGCACGGCAUGGAGUGCAUCACGGCAUGGUACAGCGAUGGUGGCUUAAUUGGCCUCUACGGCUCUGCCCCACACGAGUAUGUGAACAAUUUGUUGAAGAUCAUGGUUUUCCAGGCAGCGUCGAUUAGCCAGCGCAUCACGCUGGCGCACCUGGAGAUGGCUAAAAACCAGCUAAGCUCGCAGCUUAUUCUUCUGGGGGAGGGGCGCGAGCAGCUGCUGAAUGACAUGGGAUUUAACCUUCUCGUGCACAACUACACCAUUACGCCGCAGGAGACCAUUCAAGGGAGCGCGCAGGUGACCAUGGCGGGACUCCAUCACGUGUGCUCGCAGCUAAUUGAGCAUCCCGUGACGUUUGCCGUGUAUGGGGAGACCAGGGACAUGCCCAAGUACAAGGAGCUCGUGGAGGCUCUGAGGAAGUCGUAUGCGUCCUUAAACAAGACCACGCCAGGGUGA